AUGUUAAUUACAGUUUUUAGAGGCCUAUUGGGCACUGAAGAGUCCCCGACAAAGGUAAUAGAAGUACGUCCAGACAAUUAUGUUUCGAGGCCGAUACACUACAGAGAAGACUCCAUGUUAUUAUACGGCCCUAAAAUCCAGGAUGGAAGGAAUAAUUCGAGGGACAAAUAUUUUGAUAUUAUUCUAUACAAGCCAUCCACAGAGAGCACACCUCAAAUGUACAGCUUAUUUCGGUCAGAAAAUCAAAAAAUUGCAGAGCAGAAGUUUAUGGUAUACAAAGAGAGAAUACCAGUUUACAUCAAAAUAACUAAAGAUUGCACAAUAGCAAGUCUCCAAAAACUAUGCGACACACUGUCCAAACACCACACAUGGUCCAUAGCCCACCUGGCAGCUCACUUUGGACUUUGCGAGAUGUUUAAUGACCCUGAGGUCCAGUCGCAUAUGAAUGAGGCGGACCCGCUCACUGGAGCUACGCCAUUAAUGGUGGCAGUGAAAUCGUGUAACGUCCGCAUGGUCCAAAGCCUGGUCUCCCUACAAUGUUCCCUGGACACUGUCGAUCUAGAUGGCAACACAGUGUUCCAUUACGCUGCGGCUAGCAAUAAGGAGAUUAUCAAUGUGCUCGCAAGCAAAUCAGCGUCGUCCCUCAACGUGUACAACAAGCAAGGAUACACGCCAUUACACAUGGGCUGCCUCGCCAACGCGCCCGACUGCGUGCGAGCGUUGCUAUUGGCCGGGGCCGAUGUCAAUCUGCCGGCUAAGCGGCAGUCGACUGCUAAUUUAAGUGCUAUACCUGGUAUCGUCGGCGACGUACUUCAUGGUGCAAACCAACCCAAACUCUACCAACAAGACAUGAAACACGGCGGCACGCCUCUCCACUGGUCCGUGUCUCGCGAAGUAAUCGAAGCCUUGGUGGACAAGAACUGUGACAUCAACGCGUUGAACUUUGACGGUCGAACCGCGUUGCAUGUCAUGGUGUUCAGGGGGCGCCUGGAGUGUGCUAUGGCGCUGUUAUCUAGAGGCGCGGAACUCUCCAUAACAGAUAACGAAGGAAACACCCCCCUACACUUAGCAGUGACACAGACGAACAUAUCUUUGGUCGAAGCACUAAUAGUGUUCGGCGCAGAUUUGGAAGCGCUAAAUAAUUUUGGCUACACCGCCCGACAUAUGGUGCCCUAUGAAAUGUCCGGUAGUAACUAUGACAAGAUAUUGUAUGUACUACACGCUGUAGGAGCUCAGAGGUGUUCGGCAGAAGUGGCCGGCUGCGAGCCCGGCUGCGCAGCCCGCGGGGACUAUAACGGUGUGCCUCCGCCCCGCGUGCCGCAGCCCGCCUGCCGUGACGUCAUCAGUCACAUGCUCAGCCUCGCGGCCGCCAGCUCACACACUAGCCGCAAGCAGGGACGCCUCCUCUGCCUCGACGGCGGGGGUAUCCGCGGUCUAGUCCUAGUCCAAAUACUAAUCAACGUAGAGGCUGCCAUCGGCCGCCCCAUCAUACACUGCUUCGACUGGGUAGCUGGCACCAGCACUGGAGGCAUCUUAGCUUUAGCCCUCGCCAGUGGGAAGAAUUUGAGAGAAUGCCAAAGGCUGUAUUUCCGAAUGAAGGAAUAUGCGUUCGUUGGUACUCGUCCGUAUCCGUCAGAAGGGUUGGAGACCAUAUUGAAGGAGAAUUUAGGUACGGAAACCGUGAUGGCGGACCUGACUCAUCCGAAGCUGAUGAUCCUCGCGUUGUUGGCAGACAGGAAGCCAGUGGACCUGCAUAUAUUCAGGAACUAUCAGUCAGCAGAGGAAAUCCUGAUCGCGCAUAAUAAGUUUAACACGCGUGUGAGCGAGGCGGGCGACGCGAUAGGGCUGGCGCCGCCGCCGCCGCCGAGCCAGCAGCUGGUGUGGCAGGCGGCGCGCGCCACCGGCGCCGCGCCCUCAUACUUCACCGCCUCGGGCAGAUAUCUCGACGGCGGCUUAAUGGCGAACAAUCCUACGCUAGACGCAUUAUCAGAGCUCACGGAGAUGCGGCUAGCUCUCACAGCUACGGGACAAAUCGAGGAAGCUCGCAAGAGUGACUUGAAAGUUGUUGUUUCGUGUGGCACAGGUAUUAACCCGCUGUGCAAGAUCAGAGAGAUCGACGUGUCCAAGCCCGAGACUGUGUGGGGCAUGGCCAAGCUGGCCUUUGGACUCUCCAACAUCGGGACCCUUCUGGUUGAUCAGGCAACACAAUCUGACGGUCGAGUAGUAGACCGCGCCCGCGCCUGGUGCGCCUCACUGGGCGUCUCAUACUACCGCUUCUCACCAUCAAUGUCGAACGAUGUAGCCAUGGACGAGCGUUCGGACGAGCUGCUGGUGCGCAUGUUGUGGGAGACGCAGGCAUACAUGCGCGAGCACCGCGACCGCGUCGGUGAGCUCACCGCUCUGCUCGCCGGUCCCGGGUGAUG